UUGCUAAUUAAUUUUUUAGGCUAUCUAAUAAUUUUCAACAGGAAGCUUCUUGCUUAUAAACUUGCCACACCACCUGCACUACAGUCCGUCACUUCUCCUCACCCUGGUUUUCCCUCGAUGACGGAAUACAUCCUAAAAUCUCCUCCUGUCUGUUCAUUGCAAGCUGAAGAAGCUUUCCGAGCCCUCAGUCUUACGGAAAAGAAAUAUGUCAAGUCGGCGUAUGAGUCCUCCUGGAUCGGCGGAUUGAUUGACCUUAUUCAAACUUCGCCUGAGUCAGCUGGUAUCUUCAUUCUCUUUCAGAGGAUAUUUCGGAUUGAAUCUCCUGAAGAUGUUUGUAGAGCUGCUCGAGCAGCUGGGCUCGAUGAAUUAGAAUGUGAUAACGCUUUCGCAUAUAUUGCGAUGUUUUACGCUAACCUAGGCAACUAUAAGUCAUUCGGAGAUAGUAAAUUUAUUCCAGCUCUUCCAGAGGAGCGGUUUAGUAUACUUGUUUCUUCAACCAAAUCGUUCAAAGAUCCUUCCUCAGGCGUUUCUUCACUCUGGUCCAGCUUAGUUCCUGCUAUAUAUUCUCUGAAUCCACGCAGGUUGAGGUUAGAUUUUGGUCCAUCUGCUGGUAUAACGACAUAUUAUUCUUCGAAUUGUACCCGCGAAGAUGCAAAAAUCGUUGAGGGGUAUUUUCGGGCUACUCGUACUGAAGGCUACAAUACUAGGCUUUUCAAAAAAAUAGAAGAUGGAAAACAAAUAUAUUUGUUGAAAUAUGCCUCAGCUGAAGAAAAGUCUAUU